CUAACAAAAAAAUUUUCAGGGAAGAGAUUUUGCAAGCAUUAGCGAUAGAUUAAUAGAAAUAUGGGAAGAGAAACCGUGGUGGCACUUGUCGGGAAGCCGUCGAGUGGGAAGAGUACCACCUUGAACUCGUUGACUUCUGCACAGGCGAAAGUUGGGGCAUUUCCCUUCACUACAAUUGAGCCAAAUAAGGCUAGUGGAUUUCUUGAAGUUGAAUGUGCUUGUUCAAGAUUUGGUAAAUCUGAAUCCUGUAAACCUAAUUACGGGUACUGUCGAGGAGGGAAACGAGGAGUGCCAAUCAUGUUAUUAGACGUUGCUGGAUUGGUUCCUAAUGCUCAUUUAGGUCGAGGUUUGGGUAAUAAAUUUUUAAGUGAUUUAACCGAAGCAGAUUGUUUAAUUCAUAUUGUUGAUGUGAGUGGUACCACUGACGCUGAAGGGAAAGCUACAAGAGGGUAUGAUCCUCUCAACGAUAUAGAAUGGUUACAAGACGAAAUAUUCCAUUGGAUUUUGGGGAAUUUAAUGGAAAAAUGGGGGUCAGUAGUAAGACGUCAUACUUCAACUAAAUCAAGUACUUUAGAAACUUUAAGACAACAAUUGGGUGGUUAUAACGCUAAUAAAGAAUUGAUUGCUCGUGCCUUGGACUUGGUCAACCCUUUACCGCCUUUACAAGAAUGGGAUAAUGCCAAAAUCGAAGAAGUGGUUCGUGCUUUUAUGGAUGUUAAGUUUCCAACCGUAUUAUCCUUAAAUAAAAUGGAUCAUCCUGAUUCAGAUAAAAACGUUAGUAAAAUCAUCUUGAAACACCCAAAACUGAGAUGUGUCUUAACUUCUUCCAUAACUGAAGUUUUCUUAAGAAAAUUAGCCAGUCAAAAUUAUAUAAAAUAUGACCUGGGUACCGAAUUCAUAGAUACCAUCGAUGAUUUGGGUCCAGAAAGUGGUCUUAAACCUUUGGAUGAUAAAAUCCGUAACAGAAUUGAAAACAUCCGGGAUUUGGUUCUCUAUCGUUUUGGGUCAACCGGUUUGGUUCAACUUUUACAAGAAGCUGCUAAUUUACUAGACUUGGUUCCUGUUUAUCCAGUAAGAAAUAUCAAUACCUUCACCGGCGGGUCAGGUGAAUACGUUUUCCGUGAUUGCGUCUUGAUUAAAAAGGGUACUCCCGUCAUCUCAGUCGCCCGUAAGAUCAUGGGUGAAGUUACCAUUGCUUCGAUUGAAGGGGUUGGUGGAACCAGAGUCGGUGAAGAGGAUACCGUUGAUGUUGGCAAAAACGAUAUAUUAAGUUUCAAAAUCGUCCCUGGUGGUGGUGCCCAUUAGUCUUGUAGUUUAUAGAAGUUGUAUAUAAUGUAUUUUUACGAAUUA